AUGGAUAAGCAGAAAAGGAGAUGGAUAAAACUUAAGGAUAGAACUUUGCCAGAGUAUUUAAAAGGAGUUGAGGAUUUUUUAGAUUUUGCUUUCUCUGGACUCAAACCGAAAAGGUUUUUAAGAUGCCCAUGUCGUAAAUGCAAUAAUGUUCGUUAUAAAUCAAGAGAUGAUGUGAUGCAUGAUUUACUAAAGUGGGGGUUUGAACCAAGUUACGAGCGUUGGGAGUAUCAUGGUGAAAGGGUAAGUGAUUCAUCAUCUGAUAAUGAUAGUCACUCUGAAGACGAGGACAAUGAUUAUGAUGUUAAUCUUCAAGGAAAUGAUGAUGCUCAAACUUACUCCAUGCUUCAUGACAUGGAUAGAGGUAAUGUGUUUGACUAUCCCGAAUCUAGCAAUAUGAAUGAGGAGCCGAAUAAGGAAGCUAAAAGUUUGUAUGGAUUGUUGAAAGAUGCUGAGCAAAAACUUUAUCCAGGUUGUCAAAAAUUCUCCAAACUAUCUUUUAUUAUGCGUCUUUUUCAAAUGAAAUGUGUUUAUGGAUGGAGCAAUAAUUCAUUUGAUUCACUGAUAAAGCUACUUGUAGAAGCUUUACCUGAAGGAAAUGUGCUUCCCAACUCUAUGUAUGAGGUUCGUAAGAUUAUUAAGGAUCUUGGACUUGACUAUGUCAAGAUAGAUGCUUGUGUCAAUGAUUGUAUUUUGUUUAGAGGAGGAGAAUAUGAAAAUCUUGAUAAAUGUCCAAUUUGUGGGGAAAGUAGGUGGCAAGAAAAUAAGAAGAAGAAUGUUGUCCCCAAUAAGGUAGUUCGAUACUUCCCUAUAAAACCAAGACUACAAAGAUUAUUUAUGUCAAAACAAAUUGCAGAUGACAUGAAAUGGCAUAAGCAUAAAAGAAUUGAUGAUGGAGUUAUGAGGCACCCGGCUGACUCUUUAACAUGGAAGCGUUUUGAUGAUGACCAUGAAGAUUUUUCUUCAGAUCCUCGUAAUGUAAGACUUGGCUUAGCAUCUGAUGGUUUCAACCCGUUUGGUAUUAUGAGCACCGCCUAUAGUGUGUGGCCGGUUGUUUUAAUUCCUUAUAACUUGCCUCCCUGGUUGUGUAUGAAACAACCAAAUAUUAUCUUAACAUUGCUUAUUUCUGGUCCAAAAAGCCCUGGGAUUGAUAUUGAUGUUUAUCUUCAGCCUCUAAUUGAUGAUUUAAAGGAGUUGUGGGAUGCAGGUAUUGAAACCUAUGAUGCAUCAUCAAGACAAAAUUUUCAAUUGCGUGCAGCCUUAUUGUGGACAAUCAAUGACUUUCCUGCUUAUGCCAUGCUAUCUGGAUGGAGUACUAAAGGAAAACUAGCUUGCCCUUGUUGUCAUUCAGAAACCAGCUCUUGUCGUUUGAAAUAUGGUCGGAAGCAAUGCUACAUGGGCCAUCGUAGAUUCUUACCUACUCAACACCCUUGGCGUAUGAAAAAGAGUCCUUUUGAUAACACACGAGAGGUAAGGGUUGCACCUGAACCAUUAACUGGAGAUCAAGUGAUUGCACAACUGGAGGGUCUUGAGCUGCUACCAUUUGGAAAAGCUACAAGGAAAAGAAAAAGAAUUGCAAAGGUAAAUCAUAAUUGGAAGAAGAAAAGUAUCUUUUUUGAAUUACCUUAUUGGAGAACAAAUUUAUUGAGGCAUAACAUAGAUGUGAUGCACGUGGACAAAAAUAUUUGUGAAAGUGUUAUUGGGACGUUGUUGGAUCUUGAAGGCAAAACAAAAGAUACAAUAAAUUCUAGAUUAGAUUUGCAGCGUAUGGGACUCAAGAAGCAACUUCAUCCUAUUAAGAUUGAGGAUAAGUAUGUGAUUCCACCCGCACGUUACACUAUGUCAAAGACAGAAAAAACUAAUUUUUGUCGUAUCUUGAAAGAUGUGAAGUUUCCUGAUGCUUAUGCCUCAAACAUAGGCCGUUGCGUAAAUAUAAAUGAGUUGAAGAUUUCAGGACUUAAAAGCCAUGAUUAUCAUGUUAUACUUGAGAGACUUCUUCCCCUUGCCAUAAGAGGGUUGCUUCCGAAGGAUGCUUGUGAUCCUUUGAUUGAGAUGUCUUUAUUCUUUGGUGACUUAUGCUCUAAAGAGUUGAAAUUGGAUGAGUUGGAUCAUUUGCAGAAUCGUAUCGGAUUGACACUUUGUAAGCUGGAGCGCAUCUUCCCACCGUCAUUUUUUGAUGUUAUGGUUCAUCUCUCAGUUCACUUGGCAAAUGAAGCAAAAAUUGGAGGUCCUGUUCAAUAUAGAUGGAUGUAUCCUGUUGAAAGGUUUUUACGCAUUCUAAAGAGUUAUGUGCGCAACAAAGCACGACCAGAAGGUUCCAUAGCAGAAGGAUAUGUGGCUGAAGAAUGUAUGACAUUUUGUGCCAGAUAUUUGACCGACAUGGAUUCUAGGUUAAAUCGACCAGAUAGAUAUAUGGACUAUGCAAGCGAUGAAUUUGUUGGUUUGUCGGUGUUCAAAAACAAUGGUCGAUCUAUUGGAGGAGGUUCAUGGGAAAGUAUGAGCUCUUCGGAUAUCCAACAAGCACAUUUUUACAUUUUGCAAAAUUGUGAAGAAGUCAGACCUUGGAUUGAAGAGCACAUGACUAAGAUUAGAAAUGAAAGUGAAAGGAAUGUAGCAAAGAGACACAGGGAGCAAUUUCAUAAAUGGUUUGAAAAUGAGGUUGUGCGAUUACAACAAUUAGGUGAUACGAGGAUUACUAAUCAACUAGUAACAUUAUCUAAAGGACCAGAUUUUCGAGUAUUCAAUCAUAAAGGAUACAUUCUGAAUGGUUUUAAGUUUCGUACAAAAGAUGCAGAGAAACACCUGAAAACCCAAAAUAGCGGUGUUAUAGUGAAAGGAGAUGAGUUAACUGGGCAUGCUGAUUACUAUGGGGUUGUUAGAAAGAUCACUGAAAUAAAAUAUUUAGAUAACAAGUUUGUUAUACUAUUUAAGUGUGAUUGGUUUGAGGCUCCUUCUGAAGGUCGAAACCAGGGCAGGGGAUAUAAGAAAGAUGACUAUGGAUUUAUUAGUGUAGAUAUCACAAGGUUAUUUUACAAAAAUGAUCCUUUUAUCUUGGGCUCCCAAGCUGAGUUGGUUUAUUAUGUACAAUACAGUGACAAGGAAAAUUGGUAUUCAGUGGUUAAAGUCAAGCCAAGACAUAUCUUUGACUUGCCAAAUGGCGAAGAUGACGAUGAAUUUGAAGCGUAUCAACUAAAUGAGUUGAGUGAUACACAUGGAGAACUAGCAACACCAUUAGAGAACCAAGAUGAAGAUGCUUUACUUGGAGAACAAGAAACACCACUAGUGGACCAAGUAUAA